AUGGCCGACGUGUCUGCAACCCAAACAGGCGUCGAAUAUCCAGCUACUGCACCUCGUUCUGCAAGAUCUGCUGUUUCGCCAUCCACCUCACCAAUGCUCGUGGCUCCAUCUCAGUUCCAACCAGCCUCACCUACAGCACCUCCACAUGCAGCACCAGCUGUUUUGUCGGCCACCUCUUUGGAGAAGGGUGCAAGUGAGAUAGCUGAAGACGAGAAGCAGAAUGUGUCCACUACCGAGGCUGAGGUGUCUGCAACUCCAUCAGAGCUAGUGUCUCCAGCUACACCACCUCCACCAACAACAUCUGUAGCUUCGCCACUUCUAUCAUCAGUGCUCGUGCUUCCAUCCUCACCAACACCACCUCCAUCUGCAGCACCAGCUCUUUUGCCAGCCGCCUCUUUGGAGGAGGGAGCAAGUGAGAUAGCUUAA